AAAAGUGUCACAUGGACCAUGGACUCUAAAACCAACAGAAUCAAAAAGUGAUAUUCCAUCUUCUCCUGAAAGUCAAACUCUUGUCAAAAUUGAAGCUGAUGGUGAAGGUUUUUUUAAAAUCUCAUCUGCUGCUACUGAAGAAGAAACACAUAUGUUUAAAAACUCUACUGAAUUCUCUCGUGACUUUGGCGGUUGUAAAAUAACCAUCAGAAAUGUAGGAGGUACAACCAUAACAAUUAGUACCACUUUCAGAUAAAUUGUAUUUAAUUUUAUUUUUUGAUUAAUACAAACAAUCAAAUUAAAUAAAAUGAAACUGCUAUUUAUUAGCAUU